AUGGACGGUAGCUUUUUUGAAGAUUUGAGGCAAUUUGAGUUCUUCGGUGGGGACGAGAAGCCUGUACAAUUUGGUACCACUAGCCGAACUCCUGUUAGCAGUACGGCCCAUUAUUCAGGUGAAUACGUCCAAGGAAUUUACCAAGACGAAGAAUCAAUUGACCUUACCUCUAUCCUCGAGGCUUGCAACUCGUCACCUACAACCGCUGUGAGCUCUCCCAAUAGUGUGUUCUCCCCUCCACAAGUUAGCCCACACUACAACUCUACUCCUGACUUAGUCUCCAGCUCGAUUAGCCCUUUGGAGUCGGUAUUUUCUUUCUCUGGGUACUGCCCCCAAGUGUCUGUUGCUCAAACAAUGUAUGGAAAUGAAAAUCGUCAACCCAUCACUCUACCGUCGGAAGUGUCCAACAAUCCAGUCGAAGCUCUGGUCUCUCUGACUUCAAUGUCUUCCUCUAUUUCAAAUGGCCAUCUUGAUCCUCUAGCUGGAACACAACCGUCUCCUGGAAAGAUCAGCCGUAAGAUAAGGAAACAGCCCGUUGUUAAAGACACUGAGGAAUGGAGGCAUAAGCGAGAUCGAAACAAUGUUGCGGUUCGAAAAAGUCGAGAAAAGAGUAAGCUAAGGAUCCAGGAAACAGAGGGUCGUGUCAAAGAGCUUGAAGAGGAAAAUCGCCACCUCCAGUCAAAAAUCACCCUCCUCUCAAAAGAGCUGAAUGUGCUCAAGAGUCUCUUUACCAGUGCUGGAGUUUCUCAACCGCCUCUAUGUGUGAAAGAAGAACUUGUUCCCCACAUUCCGUAA